AAACAGAUCCUUUGUUAAGUUAUGGCUGGAAGAGGAUCACGCGUAGUAUUUGUUGGAAACAUUCCAUUCGACUGCACAGAAGAACAAUUGAUUGAUGUCUUUAAGGAAGUUGGCCCAGUAGAGUCAUUUAGACUUGUUUUUGAUAAGGACACAGGAAAGCCAAAAGGCUACGGUUUUUGCGAAUUCCAAGAUGCUGAAACCGCCUCAAGUGCCGUUCGAAAUUUGAAUGGAUACGAAUUGGGAGGGCGUCAGCUUCGAGUCGAUUAUGCAGAUAUGGAUCCAGCGAUAGAAGCGCAGCGCCAGCGGGAGCGGGCACACGAUAACCGAAGGAUGCCAAACCAACCACCACGAUCAGCGCCUCCUCCGAUGCAGCAAACAAAUAUGCCCAACGUCGGUCCUACACCAGAUUCCAGAUCAGCUACUGACCAAAUAUCUGGAACGCUAGCCUCAAUGAACCCUCAACAGCUGUAUACCUUGAUGACGCAGAUGAAGCAACUCGCUACGGAUUCACCAGAUUACACGCGAAAAUUCUUAAACACAAACCCUCAAAUAACUUAUGCUUUGUUCCAAGCAAUGAUUAUGAUGAAUAUUGUUGAUCCUAACAUGAUAUCGCGAAUAUUGACCAAUGCACCUACAACAGCCAAUGCAGCGGCGCCGCCUCCCAUGCCCCAAAAUGUACCUCCACCUCCAAAGAUUUCAAACGCAGGUCAACAGCAGCAUUUCCGAUCGCCAAACCCACAAAUGCCUUAUCAGCAACCCGAACCAAUGAUGAACCCAGUGCCAGGCAUGCCACAGCCACCCGCUCCCAUGCCUCCGGCAGGAACAAAUGAUUUGCAACAGCAACAGAGAGCACUUCUUAUGCAAGUCCUUCAACUGAGCGAUGCAGACAUUGCUGCAUUACCCCCAGGUCAACAGGAACAAGUCCGACAAUUGAAACAACAAAUCUUAAUGUCACAAAACUGAGCAUAAUUGCACGUA